AUGAAUAAAGAUAAGUUAGAGCCUAAACGGAGGAGAGUCACUAGAGCUUGCGACACCUGUCGGCAAAAGAAAGUCAAAUGUGAUGGGAAACAACCUUGUAUACAUUGUACGGUUUAUUCUUAUAGUUGUACAUAUGAUCAACCUAAUAUUAGAAAUAAGAAAAAUAGCGGUAUACCCCAACCGUCAUAUCCAAGAGUUAUUAUUGCCAAAAAUUCCCAAAUAACGUCAACAGAUACUAACAAGAAUGCCAACAACUUGAUUAUGUUUCAAAAUAUCAUGGAUAUGUUGUUUCCGAAAUUGAAAGUCAAUGUAUUAGAUGAUCAGCCAAUGAAUUUCGAUUUCGAAAAAUUCCAGAAGAAGAUAAGUUAUUUACAGAACAAAUACUCCAGUAAUAAUAUUAACAUUGGUGAGUUAAUGGAUAAUUAUUUAGAUGGUUCGAAUUUCCAAAAUAGUCCAAUUUCUCCAAAAGGUAUUGAUUCUACCACUAGUGAUGAAAAUAUGAUUGGCAGAGAGAUCAAAGUUGAUUUACCAACCAAAGAUAUUGCUUUACAACUAAUACAUUCUUGUUGGGAUAAAGCAUGUGUUUUGUUCAGAUUUUAUCAUCGUCCUUCAUUGUUGGAUGAAGUUGAUUUACUUUAUAGUUUGGAUCCCUUACAUUACACUGAUAGACAACAGAAAUUUUUACCAUUUUUUUAUUCCGUCCUUGCAGUAGGUUCAUUAUUUUCUAGAAGUUUAGAUAAUGCCACUGACAAUGAGAUCUUAAAAGAUGAUGGAUACAAAUAUUUUUUAGAAGCAAGGAAAUUGAUCGAUAUUACCGAUGUGGGGGAUAUUAUCUCUAUUCAGACGAUUGUAAUGAUGAUCCUUUACUUGCAGUGUUCAGCAAGAUUAUCAACAUGUUAUAGUUAUAUUGGUAUUGGAUUGAGAAGUGCUUUAAAAGAAGGUUUACAUCGUAAUUUAUCAGUAUUCCAAGAUACUAAGAGGAAAUUAAAUCCGAUUGAAAUUGACACAAGAAAAAGAUUGUUCUAUACUAUUUAUAAGAUGGAUGUUUACAUCAACUCACUUUUGGGAUUACCAAAAUCUUUAAGUGAAGAUGAAUUUGAUCAAACUUUACCUGAAGAUUUGGAUGAUGAGAAUAUUACUAGAACAAGUUAUAACCAUGAAGCACAAAAGGGUAAACUAUCAUCUGCAGGAUGUGCUAAUCAUCAUACUAAGUUGAUGUUUGUAAUGUCACAUAUUGUCAGAGAUUUGUACCCCAUAAAACUGAAAAAUCCCGACACAAGACAAACUCCGGAUCAUAUGCAUAAAAAAGUUAGUGCUCUUGAAUUGGAAUUGAAGAAUUGGUUAGAUCAAUUACCAAAAGAAUUAAAACCUUCUGACCCAAAUAAUUUCAAUCAAAUAGCCAAGAGUUCUUCAGAGAAAUUCAUAUUGGCUAAUUACUAUUUACAUUUAGCUUUCUUAAAUUGUCAAAUUAUGUUAUACAGACCGUUUAUUCAUUUCAUUAGUCAUGGUAAUGAAGAAAGAGCACCGGAUCCAAGAUCUUUGAUCAGAGGUAGAAAUUGUAUCAAAGUUGCUAGAUUGGUAGUCAAGUUGGCCAAUAAAAUGAUAGAUCAAAAUUUAUUGGCAGGAACUUAUUGGUUUUCCAUGUAUACUAUUUUCUUCCUGAUAGCCUGUUUGAUUUAUUAUUAUCAUUUUGUGAACAAUUCUGCUGAAAUGACCAGUGGAUCUAACUAUGCUGGAGUAUUAUUUGAUGAUGAUUUGAAUAUUGACAUGAUUAAACAUGAUAUUGAGAUUGGUCAAAAAGUUUUGGAUAAUUUGAAAGGAGAUUCUCAUUCAUCUAUGAGAAUUUACAACAUUUUAAACAACUUGUUCGAACAAUUGAACAGAAGAACUGCUAUUACAUCUAAAGGAAUUUCUGACUUGUUGGAAAAUACUCCUAGAAGUAAUCUCAACACUUCACAAAUCAAAUCAACAGUGUCAAAUUUUGAGAUCAUUAACAAAUUCAAUGAUCAAUUCAAUAGUAACAACAGCAGUAAUGACAUUUCAUUACAAGAGUCAAAUUCAUUGUUUUCCCAAGAUUUCUCGAAUGAGAUUAAACAAUUGAAUUUGAGUCAAAGUCAAAACCAUUUGAAUCAAACCGAAAAUACUAAUCCAGCACUUGAUCUGUACAAUGCUUAUCCAUUAAGAUCAACUCAAUCGGAUAAUUAUGGUGGGAACUUUAAUGUGGAUCCUUUGACUUCAUUCACUAUGCCCCCAAAUCAAGCUAAUACAACUAAUCAACCAACCAUCCCACAAACCAGUCAAUUGGCCAACGCAACCAAUUUCAAGCUUGAGAGUCCAAAUAUCAGAUCCAUUUCAGAAGUGUCAAAUAGUUCAGAUGAUCAAAAUCAACAAUAUUUACCUGGGGUAAUGGAUAAAUUGGACGCAGAAGUUUUUGGUAAAAUGCUACCUCCAUACAUGAUGGGUCAAGAUGAAAAUAGAAGAGAAAGUUUCAAUUUUGAUAACAUUUCUGAUCUUAUUGAUGCUUCAAUGGGCAAAAAUUUAGACUAUGAUUUUAAUCAAAAUUGA